AUGGAGAAUAACGCCCGUCCAUAUCAAUGUCACGACUGUCAUCGCGCCUUUGCUCGCAAACACGAUCUCCAACGCCACAGCCGUGUCCACACAGGACUAAAGCCAUAUUCAUGCGCAGGUUGCAAAAAGGCCUUUGCUCGCACGGACGCGCUAAAACGUCAUUUGCGA